AGCAACAAGUGGGUUUUUAGAUGUAAAGAUGGAGUCAGGUUAGUCGUGGCUAUAGUUGUAGUUAACGUGCCUGUGUGUGGGCGCAGAGAAGUCACCAAUAAGUAAACCACUGAAGAAUAAUAACUCAUCUUUAUUGUGAUGUGGGUGGAUUCUGGUGUAGUUUUGUUGGUGUGUUGUUUUGGAGGUCGUUAGCGUGGUGGUGUUUCUGGACUUCGUCUCCUGGCAAAACCGUGUGGGAUCUAUAGAGACGUGAGCGAUACAUCUGGAAUCCCAACACAGGCCUCAACUGGAGCCAGAUAUUACAUAACGUCACACCACCCCACUCCAGGUUCCAGGAUGGGAUCUACUGCUGGAGACCAGGAGAUAUGGAAUGUUCCUUAGAGAUGUAGUGUGUGUUGUGCUGUGGGACUCUGAUGCCUCAUCAUGUUACUGCUCCUGCUGCUGGUCCUGCACCCUACAGCCAACGCUCAGAUAGACCCAGAACUCUGUCGAUACCCUCUUGGCAUGGAGGAUGGGAGAAUCAAAAACGAUGACAUCACAGCCUCCAGCCAAUGGUACGACACAACCGGGCCCCAGUACGCCAGGUUGAACAGGGAGGAGGGGGACGGCGCGUGGUGUCCUGCUGGUCAGCUGAAGCCCUCAGACGUUCAGUACCUGCAGCUGGACCUGCGACAGCUCACGUUCCUCACCGUGGUGGCCACGCAGGGUCGAUACGCCCGCAGCUCGGGCAACGAGUUCGCCCGCAAAUACCGCCUCGCCUACAGCCGCGACGGCCAUCGCUGGAUCCCCUGGAGGAACCGCUUUGGAAACGAGAUCAUUAAUGGGAACGUGAACACGUACGUAUCAGCGGUGAAGGAUCUCCACCCGCCCAUCAUCACACGCUUCCUCCGUGUCAUCCCCGUCACCGACGCCGUACACACCGUGUGUAUGCGCGUGGAGCUGUUCGGCUGCUCCUGGCAAGAUGGAUUAACAGCGUACAGCGCUCCUGAGGGCCACACCAUGAUGGCCCCUGGAUAUCCCAUCACCCCCCUCAAUGACUCCACCUACGAUGGUGUUCAGGAGCGCAGAAGGUUGCUGGGCGGCCUGGGGCAGCUGACGGACGGCGCGAUCGGGCAGGACGAUUUCACUCGUGCCAGGCAGCAGAUGCCGUGGCCCGGUUACGACUACGUGGGCUGGAGGAACGACUCCCUCGGGCCCGGCUACAUCGAGAUGGAGUUUCAGUUCGACCGGCAGAGGAACUUCACCUCCAUGAAGGUUCACAGUAACAACAUGUUCUCGCGCGGCGUGAAGGUCUUCUCCUCCGUAUCGUGCCGGUUCAAGUCUCGGCUCAUCUCGCAGUGGGAGCUCGAGCCCGUGGAGUUCUGGACGGUUCUGGACGACAGGAACCCGAGCGCACGCUACGUCACCGUGCCGUUAGAGCGCCGCCUAGCCACGGCCAUCCGCUGCAGGUUUUUCUUCGCCGACACCUGGAUGAUGUUCAGCGAGAUCUCCUUCCAGUCCGCGACCAACCCGGCGCCGACCCCACGCCACCCGCUCAUGACGUCUCUGCCGUUUGAGACUCAGAGCCGCGUGGAGACAACUCUUCCAGCAGGGACAGCCAAGGUCCUGCUCGACGCCAGCGCAGUUACGUCAAAGCCCGCUGUGCUUGAGGGGAGCAACACGUCCGUUCUGAUUGGCUGUCUGGUCACCAUCAUUCUGCUGCUGGUGGUGAUCAUCGUGCUCAUCCUGUGGUGGCAGUACAUCUGUAAAACUCUGGAGAAGGCUCCGCGGCGGAUCCUGGAUGAGGAGGCGAUGGUGCGUCUGUCCUGCAGCAGUGAUUCUCCUCCUGCUGCUCCUCCUCUGGAUCCUCUGGAUUCCCUUGAUCCUCCGUACGAGCGUGUGUUCCUGCUCGACACCCGCACACACACUCCGGAGACUGCUGACCUCAGGGCCAAGCCACCCGACUGCGGUGACGGCUACGCCGAGCCGGAUAUUACCCAGUGUACCCCUCACCAGGGCCUGCAGUCCAGCGUCCCUCACUACGCCGAGACGCUCAUCGUGAAGCUGCAGGGCGUCACCGGGGGCAACACGUACGCCAUCCCCGCCCUCACCGCCGACUCUCUGACCCGUAAGGACAUCACGGCCGCCGAGUUCCCCCGGCAGCGCCUCGUCUUCCGGGAGAAGCUGGGAGAGGGGCAGUUUGGGGAGGUGCACCUGUGUGAGGCGGAGGGUCUGGUGCAGUUUUUGGGGGAGGACGCGCCCGUGUCGGAGCGGGACGGCGGCUCGGUGCUGGUGGCGGUCAAACAGCUGAGAUCCGACGCCACCACCCAGGCCAGGAACGACUUCCUGAAGGAGAUAAAGAUCAUGUCCAGGCUGAACGACCCCAACAUCAUCAGGCUGCUGUGUGUGUGUGUGCACUCCGACCCGCUGUGCAUGGUGACGGAGUACAUGGAGAACGGAGACCUGAACAUGUUCCUCUCACAGCGGGAGAUGGAGAGCACGCUCACCCACGCCAACAACAUCCCCUCCGUCAGCAUGACGGACCUGCUGCACAUGGCGGUACAGAUAGCGUCGGGGAUGAAGUACCUGGCGUCUCUGAACUUCGUGCACCGCGACCUGGCCACGCGGAACUGCCUCCUGGACCGGCAGCUCACCAUCAAGAUCUCCGACUUCGGCAUGAGCAGGAACCUCUACAGCAGCGACUACUACAGGAUCCAGGGCCGGGCCGUGCUGCCCAUCCGCUGGAUGGCCUGGGAGAGCAUCCUGCUGGGUAAGUUCACCACGGCGAGUGACGUGUGGGCGUUCGGUGUGACCCUGUGGGAGAUCUUCACCCUGUGUACCGAGCAGCCCUACAGUCUACUGACGGACGAGCAGGUCAUCGAGAACAGCGGAGAGUUCUUCAGGAACCAGGGGAGACAGAUCUACCUGUCCCCCCCUCCGCUGUGUCCCGCCCCCCUGUACGAACUCAUGAUGCGCUGCUGGAGCCGCGAAAUCAGAGACCGUCCCUCCUUCCACGGCCUGCACCAGUCCCUACGAGUCCACUCCCCUCGCUCGUGACCGACACCCGCUCCCGGGGCCAGCUCGCCGUCCAGGCGGUCAGGACGUACCGGCAGCACCAGAGGAGCGAGGAGCGGGCGGGCGGGGUUAGAGACGCUCUCUACCAGAGCAUCGCUGGGUCACAGUGUCAGUCCUGGAACACACCGACGGAUCGGAGCUGGUACUGAGAAUCACCGGCCUACAGGGGCCCUCAGGGACCUACAGGGGCCCUCAGAGACGUGGGGUCGUGGCUCCAGUCCCAAAACACUUGAGAUAUUUUAUGUUUGUUAAUCAGUUGGACCCUUUAGUUGCUGUUAAUUCUUUUUCAUGAUCUAUUUCAUUUAUGGUGAUGGUUCGUCUACUGUACGCUCUCAGCCUUAAAGCAACGGUGCAGCCAAAAAUUAAAUGGACACAAGGUUCCUCUUCACCCCGGGAGUAAUCAGCCAGAACACGAGUGCCGUUUUAGAUCUGAUUCUCUAGAUUCACCGGAAAAGGUGAGGUGAUGCCGACCUCUGUCCACAGUUCGGUUCAUGCUGGACAGCAUGCUAGAAUCUUGGUGUCCAGACUUGUUCUGGUCAGACUUUAGCUUCUUCUGACCAAGCUGAGACUCGUUCUCAGAGAAACUUGAGCUUUUUUGAGGCUCGCCCUGAUUGGCUGAAGCUUCUACCUGGGCUUGAAACUUGAUAAGUGAACCAAAGCUUCUGCUCUAAGGCUUCAUGAUGCACAUAAACACCAGAUUCGGUGUUUGCAGCGUGAUGCUUUAGUUCCAGAACUGAAGAGGAACCAUUUAUUCACCAGUCAGGGCUAGAGUUAUCCAGUAGAACGGGGGUGAAAGGUCAAAUCUGGACAUUUAAUUUGGGCUGAACUAUUCCUUUAAAGAAUGAACUGGAGUGUGUGUGUGUGUGUGUGUGUGUGUGUGUGUGUGUGUGUGUGAAUGGGUGUUUUCUGUCAGCCUGUGGUCCUGUAUAGCUAAGCACUACUGUCGACCUGUGUGUUCAUUGUUCUGUGUGUGUGUGUGUGUGUGUGUGUGUGUGUGUGUGUGUGUGUUUAGUCCCACCCCACACUGGAGAUCUGAUUCAUCCUGAUUAUAAUGUGUUGAUGUUUUGUGUCGUUGUUUAUAUGAAUGUUCUACAGGUUCAUUUUGGGUGAGGACAGACGUGACCCGUCUGGCCUGAGCAGAACUACUGUCAUAGAUAAAUGAGGGCGGUCAAGGCCCCUGAUGGACUGACAUGGAGUCAAAUAGCAGCAGAUCUUUGUAAAGAUUCAGAUGAUGAUGGUGAUGAUGAUGAUCACUGUCAGACCUGCAGCUUUAAUCCUCUUUUACACUCUAAUUCUGUAAAACAGAGGUGCCAAAACUUUUUCCCAACGCUCAUUCUGACCACAAUUUUAUCAAUAAGCAAAUUUUGACAAAAAGGCUCUGAACUCCUGAAUGCAGCAGCAAAUCUGAGAUUCCUGGGGACCAAGUACCUCUUUGCUGAGUGUCCUUCAUGUUCACCAAGCUUCAUGUCUGCAGUUUGACCUUCCCGGCUCAGACUGCUACCUAAAUCAUCAUAAUAUAAAAAAAGUCUUCAGCAUUUGGACCCCAAUGACGCCAAUGGCAGAUUUAAGAACUUUAAAGCAACCAUGUCUGCUGGAACAUCUGCUGGACCAACCAGAUGAUGUCUGCUUGGUCCACAGCUGAAGAUAAAUGACUCGAUUAAUCCUGGAGUCGUGUUGGUGAUUUUUAUCUGGACCAGGGUUGAUAGAUCUUCAGGAACGUGGUGAAACACUUGAGCUCUGGACUGACAGUGAAACGGAACGGCUCCUGAACUUGAAUGGUGGACAGUCUGGUAGUGGGUGGUGAAGAACCGAAGCCUGAUCUCUCUCUCUCUCUCCAAUCGGCACAUGGACUCUGGAGCAGACGUGUAUGAACUUCUCUGAAGCACAUUAGUCUCUCUCAGCAUCGAUAUUGUAUUAAACGUUAAUGUGUGUAGCUAAUAGUGACCUGAUUCUCUUCCUCCUGUCGUCCGUCUCUCUGUACUUCUCUGUACUUCACGUUCGCUGGGUUAGCGCUCGGUUUGAGACGUGAUCUGGGCCUUUCUGAUUACCCAGAGUUCUUUGGUGAAGUGCGCCUGUGCUGUUGGACUGAACGAGGGUUGCUGUGUGUGAGCUCUCGUAUGGAUCCAGGUCUCCUGCAGGCUCGAGCUGGCGUGUAGAUACGCAGAAUAGAUGUGUGUAAUAUAUACGGGGGUGAUGAUUCUCUCUCUCUCUGAGCUUCUCUUCUCUUCUGUCCUCCUGCUUUCUAUAAUAAAGAUCAUAUCUCAAUAAAA